GUAAAUCCCCAUAAAAUAAAAACCAAUAAAUAUAAUCUGAUGAGAACGAUAUUGAAUCAGAAGUAGACGUAUUCUGCCACUACACACCGCCUUUAUAUGGCAACCUCCGCCAUCGAGUUUCUCCAACAAAGACCGACGUCCAAUUCCGAUCGCAUCGCCUCGGAACAAUCUGAGAUUCCUACGACUCAUCGCACCGCUGCAGAAUUACGAGAAGCCAAUUCCUGCAUUCUUUGCCUCCGUCACGACGACCCGGUUCCCAGCGCAAGCAGCAGCAGCUUCCACGCGCCACGCGCCUUUUGAGCGCUACCGAGUCUAGAAUCCAUCUCUGGGACAUUUAAAGAAAGGACUUGCUAUCUGGAAGCUUUCAAAAUGCCUAAAUUCUUCUGUAGGAUCCCGCUCCCCCAUCA